UCUGAAAUAUCAAUUAAAAAAAAAACAUGGUCAAGAGGGCAGAUGAGGACUUUGGCAGCAAGCCCAUCUUCCAGAAGUUCCUCCUGAUUUUCUGCGAGGCAGCAGCCAGGAGCUGCAGGACAAGGGCUGCAUGUGCUGGCCCUCCUCCCAGAGAUCAACGUCUCACCAAAGGCAUCAAGGGGCCCCAGAGCUCCUUUGAGGCUGAGGUCCAGGCUAUCAGUGUGUUGAGCAGCCUGGAGGAGGAGAUCAAGGAGGAGCAGGAGGAGCGGACGGAGGAGGUGGGAGAGAUGAAGCUGUGGAAAGUGGCCCUCAAAGAACUGUAGCCCACUGUCAUGUAGCAAAGGGGUGCUGCCCAGCUGCCUGGCCCUGGCCCAGCUCCCAGUCCAGGACUAGCAAACUAGAGGAUGAGGCUAAGUCCUCAGCUCUGUCUGAAGGGACCAUACUAAAAACCUACAAAUGUCUGUGAAUGCUGCCAGUAGAGGGGUCUCACAGAGCUGGCCCAGCUGCUGUAUCUGAGGCCAUGAUCCCAGCGCUGGCUCCCUGCCUGGCCCAGUCCUCCCUGGUGUCCCUGAGUCUCUCUUGCACCCCUGGCUACCUGCUACCUUCUCCAGUGCUGCUUCCCACC